CGUCCGCAGAGCUCGCACGACACGCUGCGACCAUGCUCGGCUCCACCCUUUUCGCGCUUCUGGUGGGGGUCUCGGCAGUGACGGCUCACAAGUACGGAGCCGGCAAGUGUGCCAACGUGAAACCGAUGGACGACUUCGACGCCGACCGGAUCGUCGGUCUCUGGUACGUCCACCGCGCCUUCGGCACCACCUCCAGCUGCCUGACGUUCAACUACACCCGGACCGAGAGCGGCCUGCGGGUGGUGGAGUCCAAGGAGCUGCGGGCGCUAGACGCCGUCAGCCUCGAUCACAAGUACAGCAGCGUCGGCACCCUCAGGGACAACGGGCCGCCCGGAGCGUACCAGGCAACAUUCUCCACCAAUCCCCUGAGCUCCAAAUACGUCUUCAUGACAACCGACUACGACAACUACGCCGGCGUGUUCCACUGCCAGCACGCGGCCAAGAUCGUGCACCGGCGCAACGUGUACGUGCUGUCGCGCACGCCGGCCGUCGACGAGAUGUUUGUGGAGAAGGUUCGCCGUCGGAUGCUGGUGUUUGACCUGGAGCCGGACCACCUGGACGAGGUGGGCCACGCAGAUUGUAUCACCAAGGAGGAGAGUGACAUCAACAUCCGGCUGGACGGCACCCUGUUCGACUUCAGCAAGGAGUGAUGUGAGCGGGCGGGCCGAUCGGUCAGCAGGGGCCGCCGACCGGGCAGCGGGGACGGCCGACCGGGCAGCAGGGGCGGCUGACCGGGCAGCAGGGACGGCCGAUCGGCCAGCAGGGGCGGCCGGUCCGAGCGGCGCGCGCCAGAUCGGGCCGGCACGGCACUCCGCGACGCGAGUAGACUAGCUGCGCUCAGCUGCGGUCUGUUUAGGGAGGUUCGGGAGACUGGUGUUUUCUGUGAACCAUUCACGUGGUGCUUGUACGAUCGAAGUUGCGCAUUGGUUUCUUGUUUGCUGUUUUGUACUUGUUGAGUAACAGAGGCACGUGCCUUUUCGAAUCUACUUGGAGCUCAUAAAUAAAGCACCCAAAGAAUAUAUCGUUAUCAUGCAUGGUAAUAUCACGCUACCCAGCUAUGACGGCGGCGAGUUCCAAUGCAUGGAAAACUACGAUUCUCCAGCCGGAUGUCAACGAGUUUACAAGUUUGGUAAAGUUGACAAAUUGUGCUGCAUUGGCGCUCCGGAAUAUCUAAGCAGGGGAUGCAAUUGAACGAGUCGUAAAAGAACUGAACGGGUGAUUUGAGCAAAUAGGUAUGUGUUAGAUUGUCAGUACCAGUAUGUGCUAGAUUUACAUUGUCGGCCGAUAGUGCUUCUUCAAUGAUAUCAUGCGCGCUAUGAUGCGCUUCCCGCGCUAAGAUAAAUAUAUUUCAACUUGAA